UUUUCUGUAUUUAUGUCAAUCAAAAUACUUAUAAUGCUCAGGCAUGUAAUUAAGGAAGACACAGUGCGUUGUACUCUCCUGACACAACAACAUACGCAAACAGUGCCCCCCUUUGGUAGAGUUGUGAUAGAACAGGAGGUCAGCGAUGCCAGGCCCGAAUUACACAAAAAGUUUGCUUCCCUGUCAGUAAUGAAAUCCGUAUGUUUGGAUGGGGGAAGGUGGGGGUGUUAGCCCGUCACAAGCAAACUGAACUUUGUUCACAGGGAUCCUCGGAGCCUCUACAUGAACCGUAAUAAUGGAGCCUCCUAAAGUAAAAAUCGGCCACCUGCUCCUAUUUCUAAUCUACAUCCAGGCCAGCAGUGGGAUUCCGGGGGUGUUCCUGAACGCGCCGGAGGCCAAUCAGCUGCUCCUGCAAAGAGGCAAACGGGCAAAUUCCAUCAUGGAGGAACUGAAGCAGGGCGAUCUGGAGAGGGAGUGUCUGGAGGAGAAAUGCAGCUACGAGGAGGCACGGGAAAUCUUAAUUGUCCCCGAGAAUCUGGAAGAGUUCUGGAGGAAUUAUUCAGAGGAGGACGAGUGUGAAUCUGCUCCCUGUCAUAAUGGAGGGACCUGUAUGGACCAGACCAAGUCGUACACCUGUAUUUGCCCCCAUGGCUUUGAGGGGAAAGAUUGCCAGCUGGGGCUCCCUGUUGUUGCAGCUGAGAGGACGUCGUUCGGUUGCCUGUACAGGAAUGGCGGCUGUGAGCACUUCUGUGCCGACGUUCCCGACUCGCCGCCGCAGUGCCGCUGUGCCGCGGGGUACGCUCUGGCCAACGACAGCGCCAGCUGCGUGGAGCAAGUUGCCUUUCCCUGUGGCAGGGUGACUGAGGCUUUUAGCCCAAGAAUUGUGAGAGGCCAGGUUUGCCCCAAGGGGGAGUGUCCUUGGCAGGCCUUGCUGGAGUACAACGGCGAGUACAUGUGUGGAGGCAUCCUCCUGGACGCCACGUGGGUCCUGACGGCUGCCCACUGCGUGUGGCGCGCCAACCCGUCAAGGUUGCGGGUGACGCUGGGUGAACACAUCCGCUUUGUGGAAGAGGGCACAGAGCAGGCGAGGGGGGUGGCAAAGGUCACCAUCCACCCGAACUACGACCACGUGUCGUCGGACAACGACAUCGCCCUCCUGCAGCUCUCCAGGGCUGUGGAGAUCGGCCAGUUCGUCCUGCCUGUGUGUGUCCCACCACAGGGGGGCAGUUUCAUCAGGGUGACGUUGGCGUCCAUGCGCACGUCCGUUGUGAGCGGCUGGGGGAAAAUGUCUCAGUCCGGCCCCGAGGCGCAGGUGCUGCAGCGCCUGGAGGUGCCACGGGUCACCCUGCAGGAGUGUCAACAGCAGACCAACCUCACACUCACUCCCAACAUGCUGUGCGCUGGCUUCCUGGAGGGCGAGCAGGACUCCUGCCAGGGCGACAGUGGCGGGCCCCUUGUCACCCGCUACAAGAACACCUGGUUCCUGAGCGGCAUUGUCAGCUGGGGCAAGGGCUGUGCCCAGUCUGGCUUUUACGGCAUCUACACACGAGUCGCGAACUACCUAAACUGGAUCGAUGGCAUCGUGAGCUCUCCUCAGGCUCAGGGUCACCACACCAGCUCGUAGAUUGGCCCCGGUUUAUCCGUCUUCUAUUUACCUUCUCUAGAAGAUUCCAGACAGAUGUUAGUGGGUAGUUUCAGUUAAUCUAUUCAAGUUGUGGCAUAACCAAUGGUAAAGAGGCUCUGCUAGUCUU